GCGGCAUUUGGGUAGACGACUGAACUUUGCCCUUGGCGGUCUGGCAAAACCACAUCCCGCCACUGUUUUCCAUCUUCACGAUGCAAGACAACCUCGACCUUACCGGUCCUCGUCACCAGAGGAAGCCCCUCGUAAACACGUGCAGCGCAGGCAGCUACCACUUCCUGGCACUCCUCCUCUCGAAGACCGCGCGCCAGCCCCAGAAACUGCACGUUUUCGCCAUCCCGUCGGAAGCGCAGCCUGCCGGGGGACACGGGAAAUAAAAGGACCAGCGAGUGUAGGGUCGCCAGGAAAUAUAACGCGCUGUCGAGGCGGCUGCUGGCCCCAGCUUGUAGGAGCUCUGCGAGGUGGUCGGGGAAUGUCUUGGUCUCCUCAACCGGAACUCGGCGAGAUAAGACGAUGUUUUGAAGACCUGGCAUCUGCGCCCACUCGAGCCAAGCAGCGACGUGUUCAAGUCCCUGCCAGUAAGAAUCGAGAUUCAACACGAGAUGGACGGUGCACAGUUUGCUGAAUGGGGACGUAGGAGUGGGCCAUAAACCUUGAGAUGCGAGACUUGUCCGAGCGUGAGUCUGGGCGAUCGGCAGGCCCCGUAGUAAGCUUGCCGGAUUCCCCCUCCAG